AUGGAUUUCCUCCGGCUACAUCUCCCUGGGCUGCAUCAGGCCUUGCGGGGAGCACUGGAUUCCCUCAGCUCCUUUGUCUCCUACCUUAUGGGAGAUGAGGUCCCCACUGCAGAGAGGAAGGAGGCGAGGGCAGCCGAGGAGCUGGGGGAGGUGGCUGCAGGAAGGCCAGGCAAGCCUGAAGAGAAGGAAGCCCAGGAGGCCCUGGAGGGCCUUGGAGGCAGCCAAAACCAGGAGGCUGGAGGGCUGAGAGGGCCCGGGGAGGCUGGAAGACGCCAGGACGGAAGUUCAGCAACAGAACAGACCUGGGGUUGGGAAGAAGGCAGCUCCCAUGGGUCUCAGGCAGACAGGCAGGACACUGGGGUCUGGGAGGCAGUCAAGGCUGCCAGGUGCCAGGAGCCAAGGGCCCACUUAGAGGCCAGAAAGGAGUCCAAGGCAGGGUCUGAGGCUGUUCGAGACAACAGCAGUCAAGCCCGGGAGAGUCAAGGGCCCAAUGAGCAGGAAGUGAACAGAGAGGAGACACCGAGAACCUGGGAACAGGAGGAGGAGGCGGAAGAGGUCAGGGAAAGAAAGCCAGAGGUGGCCAGGAAGGCGGAGUCAGAGUGGACCUGGCACCGGGAGCCUGAGGGGGAGGUAGGUGCUGAUGGGCAAAAGGUAGCAGGGGACAGCAGGGGGUCAUUAGAGCAAACGGUCAAGGAGGCAGUUGCAGAGGAGAUCCAGGGGUCCGGAACCAAAGAGGCCGGGAAGGAAGAAGAGGUGAUGGUGGUCCUAAGGGGUAGCCCAAGCACAAGGGCACGGGAAGCAUGGGAGUCAGGGACAGAAUCUGAGGACGGGACAGCCUCAGGCAGGGAGGAAGCCAGGACAGUCUCAGACAGGGAGGAGGACGGGUCAGCCUCAGGCGGAGUGGAGGACGGGGAGGAAGCAAGGACAGUCUCAGGCAGAGUGGAGGACGGCACAGUAUCAGGCGGAGUGGAGGACGGGUCAGCCUCAGGCGGAGUGGAGGACGGGACAGCCUCAGGCGGAGUGGAGGACGGGUCAGCCUCAGGCGGAGACGGGACAGCCUCAGGCGGAGUGGAGGACGGGACAGCCUCAGGCAGGGAGGAGGCUGGACUAACUUUAGUCAGGGUAGAGGCCAGGACCACCUCAGUUGGGAAGGAGGGUGACCUCUCAGGAGCCAGGAAGAGAGAAUAUGGGGAAGUCUCAGGAGAAAGGAUCGCAGAGGGCACUGGGAGGGCCUGGGCAUUCGAGGAGGCCUCCAGGGGAGACCAGGAGGAGGAAGUGGAUGAGAAUAGAGAGGCUGAGAUGAGCUUUUCCCCCAAAGAGACCCAGGCCCUGGCAACUAAGGGCACAGAAGAAGCGACUAAGGACCAGACAGCAGCGGGGGAGGCUGCAGAAGGCCAGGGGUCAGAGGGGGAGGUAGGGGAGGGCUUUCAGAUCCAAGCAGAUCAGGGAGGUAAAGAGGCUGAGGGGAGGCAAGCCUCAGCGAUCAGGACUGUUGCCGCCAGUCCGGAGGAGGUGGUGGAAGCAGAGACGGCCAAAAAGGGGGAAGAGGGUUGCUGGGCCUCAGAGGCUGAGUUGCCCAAGGACGACGUGGCAAACGAGGCUGAAGGGGAUGCUGACCUGGAAGCAACCCUAGAGACCAGCAGUCCUGAGAAGGAGUUCAGCGGGGAGAGGAGUGAGGGGGGGGCUCAGACAGGCGGAGAAGCACAGGGGGUGGAGUGGGGUGGCCUUGAGCACGAAAUCACUGAAGGCCAAGAACCUGAGCUGAUGGCAGACCCCCAGACCCUGACAGAACAGCCUGAGGACGGACAGGGGGGUGAGGAAGAGCUCUGGGGCGUUUCAGCUCUGAGCAAAGAGGAGACGGAAGGGAGCCUGAAGGAAUACCCCAGGAACGUGGGAGAUGUAAAACCUGAUGCCCCUGGGGCAGAAGUCUGGGAGAACCAGAGAAGGGAUGUGGAGGGAGGGGGUACCCAGGAAGAAAAAGCAGAUGCUGAAGAGGGGAAAGGGGAGGGGGAGGCUGCAGGAGGCCAGGCCCCAAAGGAGGCCGAGGGAGGCCAAGAGUCUGUGCUCCCAGAUGUCCCGGAGGCAGGCGGGGAGUGGAAGAAAGCCCAGGACGCAGGGUGUGGGGCAGAGGAGGGAGACCCCCCUGGAGCAGAGAGCCAGGAGCUGGGUGGAAGGCACGGGGCAGACGCAGGGACAGGUCAGUCGCUGGGAGAGUCAGAUGCCAGAGAAACCGAGGAUGAGGAGGUGGAGGCCACCACAGUGCCCUGGGGGGCAGACACAACAUCCAGCGGAAACUGGAGGCUGGAGGAGGCCGCUCUGAGCCUCCGGGACAGCGAGGACCCAGGGGUCAGUUCUUCGGCUGCUGAGAUGGUGAGGGAUAAGGUAGCUCUGGCUGGCAGGGCUGCUGGAGCUGGGGGAGGGCUCGAAAGAGAGGCUGGGGAAGCUGGGGACUGCGAAGGGAGGCAGGAGGCUGGGGGAGGCGUGGAGCUGGUAGAGGCUAUACAGGGAGAAAACCGAGGUGGGCUGGAGUUUGGCCUGGCGGGCCCCGCAGACGAGGAGGUGGCUGGCAGAGGGGACCAAGCAGAGGCUUUGGAGGCCAGAGAGGGUGAGCCUGGGGGAGACUGGGUGGAGGUCAGGGAGCCUGCGGUGGCAGAAGGAAGCUGUGGGAUGGAAGGCUUUAUCUCGGGCUCCCAGGUGGCGAAGGCAGAGGGGACCGUGGCCACGGUGGAGGCCGAGGGGCUCCCAGGAGGGCAGACGCUGUUGGAAGAGGAGGCUGUGGGAUGGCAAAUGAAGGAGCAGGGGCGGGGCAGUGAGGGGCAGUGUGGGGACCACCACCCCGAGGGAGAGGCAGGAAGGCCCCUUGAUGUGGAGGAUGUUGCGGUGACUGAAGACCGGAGAGCACAGGCCAAGGAGAUUGUUCCCGAAGGCCCGGAGGACGUCCAGGGCCCGGACAACCAGUCAACACAGCGGGACCCUGCAGAGGCCGAGCGUGGGUCACAGGGGGAGACGGCAGCAAGUGCUGGUCAGGGUGCUGGCGCCAGCUGGAGUGAGGCCCUGCUCCCUGGGUCUCUCCUGGACGUCUCUGUCCCCCGGAGCCGCGUACUCCUGUCUCGCAACUCCUCACUGCGCCGCUCCCGGCCCUCUUCCCGACGGACCGGCACCCCUGAGCAGCCGGAGGAGCCUCCCCGCCCCCCACCCGAGGAAGAGAUGUCAGCCCCCGAGCAGAGACUUCUCCAGCCAGAGGAGCCCCCAGAGCCCAGCCCCCCGAAGCCUGAGGGGACCCCACUGCCAGCCAGGAGAAGGCCGCUGGGACGUGGGUUUGGCCUUGCACACACCGGCAUGAUGCAAGAACUGCAAUCUCGGCUGGGCCUGCCAAAGCCGCAGGGAGGGCCCUGA